AUGCGUCUUUCCAUUUUCACGGUUGUGUCUGCUUUGCUUAGUGGCAUCGCCCAAGCUUUGCCAACUGAGGUUGACCUCCAAAGCAACGCAGAUGCUAGCAUUUCGUCAUUCCUGUCAAGUGAAGAUGAGCCGCUCAGUGUGAACCAGAUCAAGGAACUUGUCGCUCGGUCUCCGGACAUCCAUCAAGACCCAUACAACAUCACCGAUGUUGAUGCGUACCACGCACUCUACAAACGCUCCACUGGCUGCGAUCCAAUUGGCUGUUUUGAUGGCUCAUUUUUUUCGGUCAUCUUCCAUUACAGCGGCGAGAACGGUGUUUACCUCUACGGAGCUGGUCAAUCGCCUCAAAGACACAAUUUCAAUUGUAACGAUAAAUACCAGGGCUUCAACUCAUGGCUACCAUGGGUUUUUUCAUCCCGACUACUGCCCAACGGUAUCUGGGCCUGUGCUCGUUCGAAGAACCGGGCACACAUCUACGUAAAGUACGCGAGUAUCGAUGAAAACCUCAGCGGCGAUGCGAGAUGUGGUGACAAUGGCGGAGUUGAUGGCGGUGUUACCAACGCUCGCUGUAUCUUCCCAAUCCAUCCUUGA